CUCUGGACGACAUGGCGGUGGUGAGGAUGGGGCCCAAGGAGCACGGUCGGGAGGCGGUUCUCGAUGCUGUGAUCACUCCUAGUAUCUCCUACACACAGCUUCGUCGGAUUGACCCAAGCCUGAGCCAGCGCAUGAGCCAGCCAGUGACCAGUACACAGUCCCUCUUUCAGGAGCAACAAUCUGCCUACCUGGAGUACACACGCCAGGAGACCAUGGCGUGGCAUCAGAGGCUUUAUGAACACCAAGUGCAGAGGGAUAGCCAGAUGCAGCAUGCUUUUCAGGAUAUGGCGGCCGGCAGGUGUCCUCAGUUCCCUCCAGCAUAAUGCCCUCCAGCACAACCAGUGCUGAUGAGCUUUGAGGAGUUUGUGGCACAGAACGCUGGCCCCUCGCCGGUUAGUUCAUCCCCAAUCUAUUCACCCAAAGCAUGUCAUGCCUUUCAACACAGUCAUAUAUCCCGUGCAUAUGUCUUUUCAACAUCCAGGGAACAGGUGGAUCUACCGUUGGCGGUGGUCU